UGUAACAGGUCCCACCCCUCUCUCUACUCCCUUUCUUUUAUCAAGAGGGGAAAAACACGGAACUACCUCUACCCGCUCUGGUCACCAUACGCCUAUUAUCUUUACUGCUACAAAUACCGGAUGACCCUCCGGGAGAAGAUGCUGCCUUGGUGUUAUAGAAGCGUCACUUAUAAGGAACAGGAAGACUUGACACUCCAGCCCCACUGCUGCCUCCCAUACUGCUGCUGCCUCCAGUGCUCCGAGUCCCUAGGAGGCCUCCAGGUGGGCAGAAGCACCAAGCAGGGAAAAGACCAUAACCAUAACCAGCUUAAAGAACUGUAUUCGGCUGGGAACCUGACGGUGCUUACAACUGACCCCCUGCUCCACCAGGAUCCAGUGCAGUUAGACUUCCACUUCCGUCUCACCCCCCAUUCCUCUGCCCAUUGGCACGGCCUUCUUUGUGACCACCGACUCUUCUUGGAUAUCCCAUAUCAGGCCUUGGAUCAAGGCAAUAGGGAAAGUUUGACAGCAACACUGGAGUAUGUGGAGGAGAAGACCAAUGUGGACUCUGUGUUUGUGAACUUCCAAAAUAAUCGAAAGGACAGAGGUGCCCUGCUGCGGGCCUUCAGCUACAUGGGCUUUGAGGUGGUCAGACCAGAUCACCCUGCCCUACCUCCCUGGGACAAUGUGAUCUUCAUGGUGUAUCCUCUUGAAAGGGAUGUUGGUCACCUGCCCAGUGAACCUCCCUAA